AUGGCCGGGACUAUCGAAGACCCAGUGGCCUUGAAAAAGGGAAGUGCACAAUAUGAUGUGCAUGAUGUUGAAGAUCAAGCCCCACCACGGUUUGAUGCUGGGGAGAUCACCCCUGAUGAUGGCUUAAUCGUGACCCAGCAUGAACGGCUGGGUCUAAAGCGGGGAUUAUCACAACGACAUGUUCAAAUGAUUGCUAUUGCGGGUGCGAUUGGAACAGGACUUUUUCUCGGUCUUGGUAGUUCAAUUGCUACCGGCGGUCCACUGGGCGCUCUGUUGGGCUACGCCUUCGUCGGUUUGGUGGUCUGUGCCAUUCAAUUCGCCCUUGGUGAAGUAUCUGCCUUGCUUCCUGUGACAGGCUCAUUCGUUCGCCAUGCUGAAGAGCUUGUUGAUCCUGCCCUGGCCUUUGCAAUCGGCUGGAAUGUCGUAUAUGGAUGCUUCCUCAGCGUCCCGAGUGAGAUCUCCGCCAGCGUGGUGUUGAUCCAAUACUGGACGGACAUUAAUGCCGCAGUCUGGGUGACUAUUCUGAUCAUCGUGUCAGUUGCCGUUGCUGUUUCAUUCAUCGGUGUCUAUGGUGAAAUCGAAUUCAUCUUCGCCAUUCUUAAGAUCUUACUGGUCGUUUUUGUCGUCAUUUUGGGCUUGGUCAUCGACCUCGGCGGCAUCCCAGGAAAGCCUCGACUAGGAUUCCAUUACUGGAAAGAACCGGGCCCCUUUGUUGAAUAUCUCAGCCCUGGGUCUUUGGGUCGCUUCCUUGGAUUUUGGGCAGUCAUGACCAACGCCGUUUACUCCUUUGCUGGUGUGGAGUCUUUGGCCAUGGCGGCUGCGGAGACCAGGAAUCCUCGCCAUAAUAUCCCAAAGGCCUGUAAGCGGGUGUUUGCUCGCGUCACAAUCUUCUAUCUCGCCGCUGUCUUGAUUGUGGGCAUGUUGGUGCCGAGCUCUGAUCCCCGGCUAGAGGACGACUCUGGAACCGCGGCCCAGAGUCCCUUUGUCAUUGCCGCUAGCGAUGCGGGUAUCAAGGCGAUUCCAUCUAUUGUGAAUGCCAUCUGCUUGACAUCUGCGUGGUCUUCGUCCAACCAGAGCAUUCUGGCAGGUACCCGAACCUUAUAUGGUCUCGCUGUCAAGGGUCAUGCACCUAAGAUUUUCCUUCGAACUAACAAAUGGGGUGUGCCUUACAUUUGUGUUGCGUUGCAGGUGGCAUUCUCUUUCCUGGCCUAUAUGUGCGUGUCUAACAGUGCCACCACGGUCUUCUAUUGGUUUGUGGACUUGACUGCUGCCGGCAGUUUGGUCUCGUGGAUCACUAUUGCCUUAAACCACAUUCGCUUGCUGCAGGCGUGUGAUAAACAGGGGAUUUCGCCACAUACUUUGCCUUGGCAUAAUAGUAUCACUCGGUACACCAGCUGGUUUGCGUUGAUCGCCUGCUCUGUCAUCUUGUUGACGGGAGGAUUCACUGUUUUCACCACUGGAAACUGGGACCCUGCCACAUUUGUGUCAUCCUAUCUAGAUAUCCCCCUCGUCUUGUGCGCAUACGGAGGCUAUAAAUGGAUUCGAGGUACCAAAAUAGUACCUCUAGAAAUGGUACCUCUCCGUCAAGCGUUGGACGAAGCGGAUAAUGACCCAGAAAAUGUGCCAAUCAAGAAAGACAGCAUAUGGGCGAAGAUGAAUAUUUUGUGGGGAUAG